AUGGCGGCGACGCGGUUAGGCGACGCAUCCCAAGUGAAAGCAUAUUAUUUGGAUUUCAUAAGCCGUUCACAGGCCCAACACUCCAUCCCUCCCAUCUGCAAGGAAAUUGGAAUACCUUCUCUCAAUUCUCUUCUCAUGGCGAUGCAAUUUGGGUUUGUCAUCGGCGGCGUGUCGCUCUACGGCGGCGGCCCACUCCUCCCCAACGACACCUUUCUCCCCCUCACAUACAGUAACAGCUGCAACGACGGGUUCAGUGGCGACGUGGUCCGUGGCAAGAUCGUCGUCUGCCCUCGUGGGCCCGGACAAUUGGGAGAGCCCGUGGCUGAGGCCGGGGGCGCUGCUGUGGUCGUCAUCGGCGGCUCCGUCUUCCAGGCCGAACCUCACGUGCUUCCGGGCCUCACCAUAGAAGAGUCCGUGGGGGACGCAAUCCUCCGCUACAUCAACUCUAGGGGCGCCAACGCCACCGCCACCAUCGUCUUCCACCCCACGCAUCUCGGCUUCCAUCCGGCUCCCGCCCUUGCUUCCUUCUCUUCCAGAGGCCCCUCGUUCGAGCCAAGCUACCCUCUGAAGCCCGAGCUGAUUGCCCCGGGAGUCAACAUCCUCGCCGCCUGGCCCGAGGGCCUGUCCCCGACCGGGCUUUCCUCAGACACGCGGCGCACGGAGUUCAACGUCCUCUCCGGCACGUCCAUGGCCUGCCCCCAUGUCUCGGGCAUCGCCGCUCUGCUCAAGGGGGCGUACCCCGACUGGUCCCCUGCCAUGAUCCGCUCCGCCAUGAUGACCACCGCCUACACCCGGGACAGCCAGGGAUGGCCCAUAUUGGACGAAGGGGCAGAGGCAUCUGUGUGGGCCAGGGGGGCCGGCCACGUGGACCCACAGAAGGCCAUUGACCCGGGACUG